AUGGAAAAGAACGUCAAGAUGAAGAAGAAGGUAUUUUUCUGAUAUUUUAUGUAUUUUUAUUAUCAGAUAAUUGCGCCUAUAUAUGCUACUAAUGGGAAAAUCUUGUGACUUACUUAUCAUCGUGCAUGUUACAUCUUGCGAAUUUUUCUUGAAGGUUCUUCUUAUGGGUAAAAGUGGCUCAGGAAAAACGAGCAUGAGGUCGAUAAUAUUUGCAAACUACAUUGCAAGAGACACAAGAAGACUUGGAGCGACAAGUAAGUAUUUUAUCUUUCGCGCUCUGACGGAGGGUUAACGAUCCAAACGUCAGCUUCAGAAACCUUUUUACGAAGGCAAUUUAUUAUAAAUAUAUGUAUAUGUAUUUAUACAUUACCAAUUCCGUUGAUAAAACCAAAUCAUCCAAGUAUCUAACUGUUGUUAACAGUUUACUUUUUGUACCCGCACUUUGAGGCUCUUUAUCUUUAUUUUGUAAAGUUAACAUCACUUCAGAAUUUUUCUCUCGUGUGAAAUUGCAGGGCCUCUUACUUUCCAUUCUGACGAGUAAUUUUAAUUUUUUUCUAUUUUCAGUUGACGUGGAGCAUUCUCAUGUUCGUUUUCUUGGAAAUUUGGUUCUCAAUCUUUGGGAUUGUGGAGGGUAAUUUGACCAUUAAGUUUACCGUCAUUUUACGAUGUAGUUGUUGUGAAUUGUAACAUAUUUUGACCAAUAUUCUCAUUAUUUUCAGUGUAGUAACUGAACUAAUUAGAAAUAUUUUUUAUUGUAAUUAGUAGCUGGACAAUUGGCUGAUACAGGCAACCAUUUUUUUUUUGUAGUUAAUUUGUUAACCUCUAAUCACACUUUCUAAUUAAGCAGUAGACCGCACUUUCUAUAUGUUUACCAGCUUAAUAACCCAUGUAGGAUGUUAGGAGAACAUAGGAAAAGUUUGUAAUUCACAAGCCAGAGGUGAGUGACUUGCAAACUUUUUGGGUGUUCUCCGAACAUUCCAAGUUGGUUAUUACAACAAUAGAUUGAUAGAAUGUUGGGUCUAUCUAGAGUUAGGAUGUUUCAAUUUCCUAUGGGUUUACUAUUGCAAUAAACAAGAGGUUUUUGACCAAUCAGGGUGCUCCUAAUAUUUCAGUUAUUUUGUAAACCUCUAUAAGAAAGAAUCUGAAAGAUUAGAGAGAUAAGAUAACUCUGGCCUUCCAUUAAUACCAGGGGGGGCUGAUAUAUUGACUCUCUUCCAAUCUUCAUAAAAAAUGGAGUAGUAGCAAUUGUGUUAUUUUCACUUCCCAGACAAGAGGCAUUUAUGGAGAAUUAUUUCACAAGUCAGAGGGACAACAUUUUUAGAAAUGUUGAAGUUCUAAUUUAUGUGUUUGAUGUGGAAAGUCGUGAACUUGAGAAAGAUAUGCACUAUUACCAGACUUGCCUAGAGGCCAUUCUUCAGAAUUCACCUGAUGCCAAGAUAUUUUGCCUUAUUCACAAAAUGGAUUUGGUACAAGAAGAUCAGAGAGAUGCAGUGAGUACAUUUGCAGCCUAAUAAGAUAGCAAUAGAGACAUUGACUUCAUAAUUUAAGCUUUCAUGCAGUCUUGAAAAAAAGUCACUCAACAUAUUUUUAUGGGGCUAAAUAUGAUCUCUUCUUUGUUGUACAAUGAAGCCUUCACAAUGUCACCAGAUGGCAAUUUUUUCCCUACUGCAAAUCUGUAAUCAUGAAAACAGGUGGUGAGAUAUGUGGGCGAGAUCACAAAUUUAAAGGGCCCCUAGAUGGAGCAAAAGGAACAUAGUAGCUCUGAUGAAUUUGGACAGAAGGUACUAAAAAUUUAGCUUUGCAAAACACAGGUUGGGUUGUGAAAAUGUCUCCAAAAGACACGAUUUUUUUUUUCAGAUUUUUAGAGAGCGGGAAGAAGACCUCAAAAGGCUCUCAAAGCCACUGGAAUGUACAUGUUUCCGUACAUCAAUUUGGGAUGAAACUCUUUACAAGGCUUGGUCAUCCAUUGUCUAUCAGCUGAUACCAAAUGUGACACAACUGGAACAGAAUCUGGAGAACUUUGCUUCAAUCAUUGAAGCAGAUGAAGUCCUUUUGUUUGAGAGGGCCACAUUUCUGGUAGGUAUUUAAUUAAAGUAGAAUGUGUCCACUGAUGUUAGGAAGUGAAGGGUUAACACCUGGAAGCCUGAUCCUGCUUUAGCAUCCCCUGAUAUACCAAAUACCUACAUUGUAGUUUUUAUUGAAAUGGGCUGCUAAUCUACAAUAGUCUGUCAACAUUGGCAUUUUUUCAAUUUUCCUGACAGUCCACUGAUAGCUUUUUACACUACAGGCUUUAUUAGAUACUUUACUAUUUUCUCACUAUAGAAAACAACACAAGGACCUAGCCAAGUCUUAACCCUUUAACUCCCAGAUCAAAUUUAUAAUUCUCCUAAAUAUCAACCAUACAAUUCUCAUAAUGUUAGUUCAGAGAACUUAGUAUUGGAUCAACUAAUUAUCCUCAAAUUGAUAUUUUUCUUUAUUCUCAACACUUAUCUGGUUGAUAUUGUAUUGAUAUUGUAAGGAGAAAUUUUGUCUUGGUCACUCAUGGGAGUUAAAGGGUUAAACAGUGGACUCUUGAUCUAGAGUUGAUCUUUCUAACCAAUCAGCUAUCAAAUCUGUCAACUAUUCAAUAGCUUUAAACCCUUUAACUCGCAUGGGUGACUGAGACAGAAUUUCUCUUUACAAUAUCAAUACAGUAUCAAGCAGACAAGUAAUGAGAAUAAAUAAGUGUAUCAACAAGGGGAUUAUUAGUUGAUCCAAUGCCAAAUUCUUGGAACUAACAUAGUGACUAUUAUAUGGCUAACGAGAUCUUAAGAAUUAAAGGGUUAUUUGUAAAUUGUUAACGGUAGAUUUAACUUAGUUUGAGUUUGUUGUUGUGACCCUCUUUGUAAACAACAUUUGAAUGACACUUAGUGUUCAUUUUUCAGGUUAUUUCUUAUUGUCAACGCAAGUCCCAUAAGGAUGUACACAGAUUUGAAAAAAUUAGUAACAUUAUCAAACAGUUCAAGUUAAGCUGUAGGUAAGUUGAGUCCUGUUGAGGAAGGUCAAGUUUUCCAGUGUAAUGGACUUGGAUGCUUUAUCGCAUCACUACUGAGCUUAUGCUCCAGUUUUAACUGCUUGAAGCCCCCUGUAUUGUGUAACACGGAUAAUCAAUCUUGACCUUCCACUCUUAAUUUUCUCCAUAGUAAACUGCAUGCCCAUUUUCAGAGCAUGGAGGUGCGCAAUUCUACAUUUGCUGCAUUUAUUGAUGUCUUUACACCAAAUACAUAUGUGAUGGUUAUCAUGUCUGACAACACAAUCCGUAAGUAUAUGUACAAUGAACUUUCUCAUAGGUGACACCUAUGUGCAACUAGCUCAUCCUUGGAGUUGGUUCCUGAUACAGGAAUUGCUCUACUUUUUACAUUUCAAACUCCCCUAUUUACAGCAAUACUAUAACCAACAGACCAGACAGCAAAAACCUUUUUACAACCUGUAUGUAACUGUUAAGUACCAUUGUGAAGGGAAUAAAAAAUCUCUUGAGUUGACACUGACCAAUUUGCUUCCACAAACCUGGCUUAGAGCAUUCAACUGAAAAACAGGUUGUUAAAAAGGGCAAUCAAUCUUAAUAGCUUGUACACUAAAGAAACAAAUCUUCAAGUCAUUUAUUAAACAUAGCCCUCUCUAAAGUAUUUACAUCUUCAGAUUCCAGAGAAAUAUGAAUAUGCUAUGAAUUUGAUUCUAUAAUGAGUGAAUUUUCAACAUCUGCUUGAAGUGUAAAUUCUUCUCUCUCUUAGCAUCUGCUGCUACACAGAUUAAUAUUCGCAAUGCAAGGAAGCACUUUGAGAGGCUAGAAAAGGUUUCCAAUAAUGGGCAGCAUUCCCUGAAAGGAAGAUAG